UCGUUCCUGCGCAGGCCUCCCGGAAGUGGUGUAGGAUCCCCGGAAGACGGCGGCGCGCGGGUGCAGGGAGGCGGCCGCCACCCUCCUCCUCCCUCCCUCGCCGCCGGCCCGUCCACCAUGUCCGCCUUCGACACCAACCCCUUCGCCGACCCGGUGGAGGUCAAUCCCUUCCAGGAUCCCUCGGUGACCCAGUUGACCCAUCCGCCGCAGGGUGGCCUGGACGAAUUCAACCCUUUCUCGGAGACUCCUCGGCUGACCAAUGUGGCACCAACAACCGUUCCCAUCGCCCAGCCCACUGGGCCCUCCCAGCCCGCGGUGCUCCAGCCCUCCGUAGAACCUACCCCCAAGCUGCUGCUUAGACAGGCCGGCAAGUACCUGCCCCCCAAGUUCCUGGCAGAGAGCAAGCUCUCAGAGAGACAGAGGUUGCUAGGAGGAGAUAAUGUUCAGAGUGACAGCCACAAGCGAGCAAAGUCGGUAGCAUCUGCAGCCCAGGCUGGGCUGCUCCAGCAGCAAGAGGAGCUGGAGAGGAAAGCGGCGGAGCUGGACAGGAAGGAGCGAGAACUAAAGAACAGCGCAGCCAAGUUGAAUGUGAGACAAAACAAUUGGCCCCCCCUGCCCCAAAAGUUCCCCAUCAAGCCCUGCUUCUACCAGGAUUUCUCUGCAGACAUCCCAGCCGAUUACCAGCAGACGUGCAAAAUGCUGUAUUACCUCUGGAUGUUGCACUCUGUGACUCUGUUCCUGAAUCUGCUGGCCUGCCUGGCCUGGUUCUUUGCUGACCCUGCCAGGGGGGUCGACUUCGGCCUGUCAAUCCUGUGGUUCGUGAUGUUCACCCCCUGCGCCUUCCUCUGCUGGUACCGCCCCAUCUACAAGGCUUUCAGGUCCGACAACUCCUUUAGCUUCUUUGUGUUCUUCUUUGUAUUUUUCUGCCAAAUAGCUAUCUACAUCAUCCAGACUGUGGGGAUCCCUGGCUGGGGGGACAGCGGUUGGAUUGCGGCCCUGUCUGAGCUGAAAACCGCCCCGGCAGUCUCGAUCAUCAUGAUGGUGGUGGCCAGCUUCUUCACCCUGUGCUCCGUCCUCUCGCUCGUCCUUUUGAAGCGGGUGCACACACUGUACCGCCGAACUGGCGCCAGCUUCCAGCAGGCCCAGGAGGAGUUCUCCCAGGGCAUCCUCACCAACAGGAACUUCCGCAGUGCCGCCUCAGGCGUGGCCGCGUCUGCUGCCCGGGGGGCUUUCCAGGGGAACUAGUCCCUCCCUGGCUCCUCCUCCUUCCCUCACCCUUCCCUCCCUCCUCCCCACUGCCACCGUCCCCUCCUCCCCCUUCCCCUCCCGAGAUGCACUUUCCACUGGUGCCUUGCUUCCUCGGCUCCAGUCACGGCCGGGAGUUGCAGAGUUGGAUCUGGCUUUGGCUCCCCCCUUGACGCUUCUUGGUGACCAGCACUCCCUCCCACUCGACGUGUGGAGGAGAGACAGAACACUGUCUCGUACACAAAGAAAUUAACUUGGACCUCUUCCUUCCUGUUUUUUUCCGUUCCUUUCUCCCUCUUUGGGCAGUGAAACUCAAUUGCUGUCUGCUGCAUUGUCUGUCUAGACCCUCAGGAAGUCACUUGGUGCCCACCCCAAGGCUGAGAACUGAAGUGGGGUCUCCGGGGCAGCGGGCGACCUUCGGAGAGUUUCCAGCGGGCUGACCGCCGGUCCUGGUUGGCCCUUCUCUCUUGCCCUGGGGCUUUCUGAGUUUUCCACCCGUGUCGGGGGCCUGAGGCGGGCAGAGCCUCCCCUUUUUGGGCCUCGGCAUGUCCAUCCCCUCCCUGCCAACUCUGCCCAGGCCACCACACCCCUUCCAGACGGGUUUGGAUGGAGGGGCAGCAGUAAGUGAGCAGUGCCCACGGGUGGCUCUGGAGGUCAGCGUUGACUUCCCAGGAGCCCCUUCAGGGCGUUGGUGGCUGUUUUGGAACCCUAAAUGGGACAUGUCCCCCUAGCCCUCUCCCCUCGGCUGUAGCCUAGAGGUUCUCCACAGACAGCCCCGUGUUCCCACAGAUUUCCACGCCAUCCUUCCCCUCCCCUCAGAAUAGCUAUUUUUCUCAAAGUCACUGGCCUUAGGCAAAUCUAUCUUAAUUCCACCCCCUUCCACCCUGAGCCCCUCCAACGUCAGGCUCCCAAGCCAUUUCUUAUUUCCGCAGCCUUAAGAUAACAAAAUAACAAACCCCUGGCUUUGGGUCUGGGGAUUCAGAGGGUGAGUCCCGGCUGGCUGGGUUUCUCUUGUGCCACUGAAUUAAUGUGCAGUGGGGGGGGGUCAGUUGGGGAUUGAGGGGAGGGGUGAGACGGUAAAUUCAGCCAUCAAAGCUGCUGCUGUUUAAGAAAGAGCCCAUCACCCAGGGAAGGGUGUGUGUGACGUGUGUAUAACUUUACUUGUGUGUGUGACUUUUCCAACUUGUAAGAAAGCUAGUUUCGAUGGCCACUUGGCCAAAUUUCUCUCCUGCCACAGCCCUCCCCUUGCAAGGCACAUCAGCCAUUCUUCCCACAUCCCCUUCUCUUCCAGCCUCUAGCCCCUGCGUGAGGCCCCGGGGGUGCCGAGGGAGGAGAUGUUCCCAACAGAAGCCUCCAGCUGCUAAUUGCCAGAUGAGGAGAGCAGCCAAAGCCAGGGACCGCUUCUACAGUGCUCCGCUAGUCAGAGGGGAUUCCCUCCGUGCCACCCCCAGCUCUGGAUCUCUAGAAGCUCCACCGUGAAUCAAAUUGCUACCAAGGACCGACUGGCUGCAGCCCUUGCGUUCCUGCCUCCAUCCUUGCCUCGCCCCACUGCGGGGCAGCCUUAGGUGAAUAGGGUUGAAACGGUUCCAGUGACAGGAGAGCAGAGCACUCCAGGGAUGGUUUGGUUGGUCAUGGUUCCGGCAAGUCUCGGUGGGGUGGUUAGGCAGCACUGGCUUAGAACUGGGUUGUGGCUUAAUUGGGAACAGGCAUGUCAGUCUGGUUUAGUCAAGAGGGCGGAUGGUCGGAGCCCCCAGGAUCCUUUACACCUCAGAGAUGCGCUCACGCUCUCCUUCCCACUCCUCUCACCUUGUCUUUUAGCCUGAAUCUUUGGUCAUCGUGGGGUCUGUAACUCUUUGUCUUUCCCCUGAAUGUCCCUAUGUGUGGUGGCAGAAAAUUCAAUUUUUUUUAACCAUCCCCCUCCCCCCCGACCUUUCUGAAUUAUUUUCUUCCCAUGUAAAAAUGUAUAUGUCACAUUUCAACUUCUAUGCUGGAAUAAAAACCAAACAAACAUG